AUGUCAACAAAUGGUAACUCCUCCUCCCUGUCUUAUCUAACUAUUCCGGAAUUUGAUACCGUUCCAAAAUACAUUCUCAAUAGACUCACGCGCGAAAAAGUAAACGAAGCGAUUGAUGAUUUCAAUAAACUACUCGCCGAUAAAUAUCGUAUUCUCAAAAUGAAUCCGAGUAGUAUGAAUCAGAAUUUGAAGGCGCGAUAUUGGGCAUAUAAAGAGGCAAUUACUGAAGAAACUAGAGGUAAAAAAAUCGAAAAUGAUGGAUUUGGGAAACACUUUAUCACGGAAAAUGACAUCAAAAAUACAAAUCAAAAAAUUAACUUGAAGAUGGACGCGACUGGGCGUGCAAUAUUUGCCGUCUUACGACAUGUUAAAAAAUUAAAAGAAGUAAGAGGAGGUGGCAACACGCGAUUUGUUGUUCUGUGA